GAGGGGUCAAUACACAUCAAACCACAUGUGCCAGAAAAAUCCCCACCCGAGCCGUGGAAAAGAAAACACCGAGCUCGCAUCGCGUCGCGUCGUCUCUCUCGUGUGCGACCUCCUCCACGCCGCCGGUGCCCCUCCGACCACGGCCUCCUCCUCGCCGGUGCACCACCACCGACCGCCUCCUCGCGGUGUCGUGCCCCUCGUCCUCCGCACCGCGCCAACCCUCGUCACCGCUGUCGUAUGUUCGACGUCGUCGUCGUUAACUCGUCACCGCCGCCGCCGCAUCCGAUCGAGAGUCAGAUCUGGCAGAGUAGCAUCUUGGUGGACACUUCUCUGCUGCAUUCGGGCGUCAAACCAUCGCAACAAUGUUUGGAAGAGGGUCCCCAAGGCUCAAUUUGUUCCAAGUUGCAGCUGCCCAAAGAAAUCCGUCUCCAAAGACUUCACGAGUUCAAAAGAAAAAGCCAUCACCAAAAGCUGUACCUGAUCGUCCAAGAGCUCAUUGGAAUGCGGGACUUGAAAAGGGUUUGGUAGAACUAUUACAUGAUCACAAUAAUGACCAUUAUAGGGGCCAGAAUGGGUGGUCCCCAGAUGCAUGGAAUAGGAUUGUCAAAUUGUUCUAUGAGAAGUUCCCCUAUGUCAACUUUACAAAGACUCAAAUCCAAGACAAAGAGAGGGAGCUAAAGAGGGAAUACAGACUUCUGAAAGAAGCAAGGAAGCAAAGUGGUGCGUCAUGGGAUGAUAAGCUAUGCAUGAUUGUAGCAGAUCAAGCUGUUUGGAACAACAUCAUUACUUCUCAUCGCAAUGCCAAGAAGUUCCAAAAUAAAUCUUUCCCAUUGUUUGAGGCUUUAGGGGAGCUAUAUGACGGACAAAUUGCUGAGGGAACCCUAAACUUCACGUCCAUUGCUCCUUCCCAAGUUAAUGUCACACAGCCCUUCCAAGUUCCUAUCACACAGCCUUCCCAAGUUGCUCCCACACAGACUUAUCAAGCUACUGUCACACAGCCUUAUCAAGCUCCUAUUACUCAGCCUUUCCAAGUUCCUGUCACACAGCCAUCUCAAGCUACUGUCACCCAACAUAAUAUGGGAGAAGAAGAUGAGAGUCUCCAUUUUGACUCUUUUGCACAUGAUGUUGAAACUGAUGAUGAAGACUUGAGGAUAUUGGAACAACCAGUUGCACGUGAUGCCACUGCAAGGUCAAGAAUGGGAAAAAGAGGUGCAAGUACAAGAAACAAGGACAAUGCUACAAGUGACAAGACAAAAAAGGCAGCACAAAGGCGUCGACAAGAUGGGCAGGUGGUUGAAAUGAUGGGGAGGUUUAUAGAGAUGAAAGAAAAGCAAGCUGAAGAUGAGAUGGCCAAAAAGGAAAAGGCAAGAACUAAUGCAAGUGAAGAGUUCUCAAUCCCAAUGUGCAUUUCUAUUGUGGACAGCAUGGAGGAGCUCUCAGAUGAUGAAAAAGUUUUGGCCUAUGGUGUUUUCAAGGAUGCACAAAACAGAUCUAUUUUCAUGUCUGCAAAACCUUCUACACGUCUCAAGUGGUUAAGGAGGGAGGUGAUGCAGGGGUAAAAAGUUCAAGCAGAGAGAUAUAUGCUGGUGCUGGAGUUGUCUCCAAAUUUAUCUUAUUGUUAAAUACUUGGUUGUCUUUUUCUUGGAGAUAUGCUGGUACUUGGAAUUAUUCAUAGAUAA